CCCAUUUGAAGCUUCCUCCCAAGGGAGAGGUUAGUAAAACAGCGCCUGGUGUUGGUGCCAGUACAAAAACAUCUCAGGCUACAGUGAAUGGAGCGGCGCCUUCGGCAAAGUUGGAACCUAAACCUGUGACGCCAAGUGCUGGGACGGAAUGUAAUAGCAGUGAAGGUGGGUUGAGAGUGCCUGAGAUAAAGGCUACAAGACCUGACCUGGCAGAUGAUUUGAACAUUUCGUCGGACAGUUUGUCAUCUGGUAGUUUGUCAUCUUGCAGUGAAGAUGAGAAAGGGAAAGAUAAUGUGUCAUCUCGUGUUAGGAAAGAUAAUGUGUCAUCUCGUGUUAGGAAAGAUAAUGUGUCAUCUCGUGUUAGGAAAGAUAAUGUGUCAUCUCGUGUUAGGAAAGAUAAUGUGUCAUCUCGCGUUAGGAAAGAUAAUGUGUCAUCUCGUGUUAGGAAAGAUAGUGUGUCAUCUCGCGUUACGAAAAAUAGUGUGUCAUCUGGUGGUAAGAGAGAUGCAAGUGUUAGCUCUAAAGCUUCGCCUAAUGCAGAAGUAUCACAAAGUGCAAA